AUACAACAUGUUGUCCGGCGGCUAACGUGCCCCGAGGAGCAGCAGGGCUCCGCUCGCGUUUGCUUCUCCUCCCCCCCCCCGCGGCGGCGCCAGAGCCCUCCCCCCACCCGGGGCGCUCACGCUCCAGCGGCGCCCACCAAGCUUUUUCAGAUUGGUGAAAUUAAACUGCACUUCAGUAAUGGAGGAGGAGCAAGAGCCUGAGCAGGUUGCUCCAGAUCCAGUGGAUGUACCAGAAGAUGACCCAAAGGCAGACGCACCACAUAAUAUUUCCGAUGAAGAUGCAUUUAAAAUUCUCCUGGAGAUGAAGAUGAAGAAGAGACAGAAAAAGCCCAAUCUGCCAAGCACGGUGACCGAACUGGUCACCGAGGAAGGGUCUAAGGUGUUCGUGGUUGGUACUGCCCACUUCAGUGACAGCAGUAAAAGAGAUGUAGUGAAGACCAUACAGGAGGUGCAGCCUGAUGUGGUUGUGGUGGAGCUUUGCCAAUACAGAGUUUCUAUGUUAAAGAUGGAUGAAAAGACGUUACUAAAGGAAGCCAAAGAAAUCAAUUUGGAGAAACUUCAGCAAGCUAUAAAGCAGAAUGGAGUCAUGUCAGGACUGAUGCAAAUGCUUCUGCUGAAGGUCUCUGCUCACAUCACAGAACAGCUGGGAAUGGCCCCAGGAGGAGAAUUCAGGGAAGCUUUCAAAGAGGCUGGUAAAGUUCCUUUCUGUAAGUUUCAUCUUGGGGACAGACCCAUCCCAGUGACAUUUAAAAGAGCCAUCGCUGCACUUUCUUUCUGGCAAAAAGUCAAGCUCGCCUGGGGCCUCUGCUUUUUAUCUGACCCAAUAAGUAAAGAUGACGUGGAGAAGUGUAAACAGAAGGAUUUAUUGGAGCAGAUGAUGGCUGAAAUGAUUGGAGAAUUUCCUGAUCUCCAUCGAACAAUUGUCUCAGAGCGAGAUAUUUACUUGACCUACAUGCUGAAGCAAGCAGCUAAGCGAAUAGAACUACCUCGUGCUUCGGAAGCUGAACCCAGAAAAUGUAUCCCAUCUGUUGUAGUUGGAGUAGUUGGGAUGGGUCAUGUGCCUGGAAUAGAAAAGAACUGGAACACUGACUUAAACAUCCAGGAAAUCAUGAGUGUGCCUCCACCAUCAACUUCAAGUAAGGUUGUCAGACUUGUCAUAAAAGCAACAGUUUUUGGACUGAUGGGAUAUGGCUGCUACCGGAUAGGACAAAGGACAGUUCAAUUUAUUCUCUCCAUGCAAACAACACAGAACUGUCUUCAGAGGCUGACAGAAAUUAGACCUCGACAUUGAACACCCACUUGAAAUAGUGUCUGGAAAUCAUUGUGGAAAAGAGUGCUAAAGACAACACAUGCUAAUUGGGAUGUAAAAGAGGGGCUGAGGAUUCUUGUCAUAGAUUCCAUUUGAUACUGAGCAAUGCCGAAUUGCUGUAAAGUAAAUGAGUGACUGUUGAAAGCUACACCAGCUGUGACCUGGUGAAUGUCUGCUUCCUAAUAAGUGUGUGGUAUGAAAGCACAUGAUUCCAGUUUUGCGAUAAAUGAAAUAUGUUACACAUAUAUAUUAUAUAUAUCAUAUUAUAUAUUAUGUGUAUAUAUAAUAUAUAUUUAUGAUGAUGUAGUACAGACAGCAUAAAGAGUGUAUAUUCUUGACUAUUUUCAGAGGAACAGAGUGACGUAAGGUAACUUAAUUGUGUGUUUCUGCUCAACAGCGCAAGGACACCUCUACAAAUGGUAUUUCAGUAUAAUAAUACCAAAUGUUUGUUCCUGGUGCUAAGCACCUAUAAAAUGAUUUAGAAAGACAACUUCUUACAGAACAUUUUUAUACUUAAUACAUUUAGGUUUUUUUAAGCUUCAGAGCUUUCAAAAAUAUCAGAAUGAUACAGGCUGUCAGACAUACACCGCCAAAUUUCUUUGAGCCUUAUUAAAGAACUGAAAUGUUGCCUUUAGAAUUACACCUUUCCCUAUAGACAUCAGUAAUAGUUUUGUCCUCUGUUAGAAAGGCAUACCUUUAUCAGCAAUUGUUGGUUAACUUCCAGUGUUCUGUUCUUUUUGGAUUAGAUUAUUUAACCGUAUACAUUAGCCAAAUAUUGUUGGUUUUAAAUUCAGUAUUGUAAAAUUCAAGGCUAGAACUAUGGUUUAAUUUACUUUUCACAUCUCAAAGCUUUCUUUAUUUGGAUAAUAUAUCUGGGAUUGAUGUGCAGUACUUGACCUUCCCCCUGCCACAUUCAAAUAUUUUAUUUAUCAGUGUAAUUUUUCAGUGGAUACGUAUUUUACCUAUUUAAUAGAAAAGCAAAAAUCAAUUAAUGUUUUUAAUUAGCUAUGGGGUUUGGAGUUUUUUUUAUCUCUGCUGUUGGUAGAAUUAUGGAUAUGACUUCAAGUACUGUAACUUUAAUAAUUUUUUUAGAACAUCUUAACAUUGCGUUCAUUAUAUUUUAUAAUUCUUUCAGUACCUUUAAGACAGGAUUGCCCUUGGUUAUAAGUGCUCUUUGAAACCAACUCUUCCCUCUCCAAUGGCAUAGCAAUCAUAAUUGUGGUGUCAAUGAUAUUUUAAUUCAUUGUAUAUGAACAAAGUCCAUCUGCUAUUGUAGCUCCUAUGCAGUUGCAAAUUGCUUGCAGUGAAGUCCAUAUCUGUUCUGGUACUUUAUGUGGGGAGGAAGAGCUGCACCUGAGGGAGGGCAAGAAAAAGAGGUUAAUUUUGGUUUUCAUAGAGUCCAAUAAGGUUAGCAACUGUGCUUUGUGCUGUUUGGGGUAUGUUUCCAAAGUCUUAUGUGGGGGAAAUGUCUUCAUACAAGCUAUUAUUUGCCCAACAUUUUCUGUGUGUAUCCUUCAUACAGUAUCUUUUUAAAAAGCUUUUUCUUUUUAAUCCUAAAGAAAUGAAUGGCCUAAUCCUCUUUGUGUUUAUGCCACUGACAUCACUGGGAGCGGGUAUGUCCAUUGGGCCCAAUACUCCAUUGCAUUGUACCUUGCGGAGUUCUUUAGACCAGGAGGUUUCAAACAUUGGUUAUGAACCUGCCAGGGAAAGCCCCGGGCAAGCCCAUGACACUUUGCUUACUUUAAAGUUCCAUGCCAAGGAGCCUUGCAGUUCACAUUGGCUGCAGUUUGCCAUUUCCAGCCGAGGCAAGCUGCGGGAAUCAGCUUCCAGGUCCGCACUGCUUCCUGCAGCUCCUCUGGCCUGGAAAUGGCAAACCACAGCUAAUGGGAGCUGUGAGGCUCCAUGGCUGUGAAGCUUUAGAGUAAACAAAGUGUUGUGGGCCUGCCACGGGCUUUCCCUGAUGGGUCCACAGCCCAAGUUUGAAAACCCCUGCUUUAGAUUCCACUCCUUCAUAGGGAUGUUAAAUUGCAGGUAAUCAGAUAAUCAAGUAGUUAAUGGGAUUUCCAUUGACUACUUGAUUAGAAGGGGGGAAACUACAGAACUGCAAUGGUCCUCCUUUUGAGCCUCUGUGUUUUAAAUAUAUUAAGAACCACCAGGCUCUUAAUGCAUUUAAAAAGCAGCCGGGGGGACUGGGAGAGAGCUGGGACAGCUGAUUCCCAGCUUGCGCCUAGUCCCCCACUACACCUCUGCCUCCCCUGCCCCCCCAGAGACUGGGCUAGGGGGAACAGGCCUUUAAGUCAGCUCCCCCCCAGCACUGGCUCCUGCUCUCCCCCCUUGCUGCCUCUUCUGGAUAGAGGAGGCAGCAAGGGUGCGGGAGCGACUAGUCAAGUUACUACUCAGCUAUCCAAUAAGCAUAUGCUUAUUGGGUAGUCGACUGGUCGCUAACAUCCCUACUCCUGCAAACCACUUAUGGGGAUACUUGAUUUGAAAUGCAUUUAAGAGUUUUAUUCAGGAUAGACUUAAUGCUUUUCUGAACUGUGAGGUACACUGGUACAAGGGAGUGUAAAACAUUCAGAAGGGCAGUAUUUCAUACACCUGUGAAAAAUGGGUAAAUGACAAUGCAUGAAACAGCAGAAUUGGGUCCUUUAUCUUUUAUUUUCUAUUUAUUAAUGUUUGAGAAACCAACAGUGAUCAGUAUUGAGACUGAAGGCAGCAUUAGCAAGUGACUAGAAUGACCACCUGAAUUGAAUCUUGAAUUUUUGUAACAAUUUAAUAAACUAUUUAGCUGUACUGUUUUAAUAAAUUUAUUGCCUUUUAUGUAAACUUUUAAAGAAGAAAAAAGCUUAAGCCCUUUCUUCUCCUGGCUUUAGUGAACUACCAAAAGAUUUCUCUAGGUUGUGUAGUUCAAAGUAUUAAUGUUUUGCUUUAAAAUAUCUGCUAACAUAUCUGUGCUCAGGUAAUUUUACACAAAAGAAAAAAAAACUAAGGAAAAUUGCAGACAAAUGAGCCUUAAACCUGGGUGGGGCUAGCACUAAAUGGUUGUCUUUAAGUAUUUUUGCAUGUUUAGUGUGUUAUGUUUUCCCGCAUGGGCACAAUUACCUGUGCCCCCUGGAAAAUGGUACCAAUGUCAGUUAUUCUUUGAUUUUAUGACAAUUAGAUUAUUAGCAAAAUUUAAUGUUUUUAAAAGUGUAUAGUUCCCUCCCUCUGUGUUUGUAAAAUAUAUAGACAGAUUCUUGAAACAAGUUUUUUGUUUAUGAAGAAUUUGUUCUCAGGCUAGCAGAUCAUCAAAACCCACAGGUAUUUACCUUGAGGUUAACAAAUGCCUGAUGAAUUUGCUGUUGCUGACCUAAUAGUCCUCUGAAUCCACAUAUAAGUGGUGUAUGAUGUUUACUUAACGUGAUAUUCUGUCUCUGUAACAUGCUCAGUGUUUUACCCUCUGUUAAUUGCCUGUGUUCUAGAGUCAAUCCUUUAAGUGUUAACAUUCAGUGAAAUGUAAAUUGUGUUGAAUUGUCCCAGCCCUCACUCAACCCUUAAAGCCAUAUUGUACUUUUGGUAAACAGUGCAUUUGCUUUAUGCAUUUGUACAUCUUAUGUAAAUUUGAAGGAUUUUUAACAAGCGUGUGCCUUUUAGUCUACAGCAGUUUAAAGUCAACAGCAGUAUGUCUGUUAUCCAAAUAAAAUAUUUUAAUCACUCUUUC